CCUGUAAUGGCCGCCGUACUUAAUCGAUAUUUUGGAUGAAAAAAUUGCAAAUAACAUCGUAAACAACCAUGAUAAAACUCCAGUAAAUGUAUGGAUACCGGCCUGUGGUAUUUAGAGAAUGAAUGAAAAUGGAAUCUUCUACAUCAGGGAAUGAAACAUGUUACCCUCCUGAUGUGAAAGCAGGAUUUGAAGAACUAUGUCCAGUUUGUGGUGAUAAAGUUUCUGGCUAUCAUUAUGGUUUAUUAACUUGUGAAAGCUGUAAAGGUUUUUUCAAGAGAACUGUUCAGAAUAAAAAGGUAUACUCCUGUGUUGACAAUAGAAGCUGUCAUAUUGAUAAAAGUCAAAGAAAAAGAUGUCCUUAUUGCCGAUUUCAAAAAUGUCUCAGUGUUGGAAUGAAGCUAGAAGCUGUAAGAUCAGACAGAAUGAGAGGAGGAAGAAACAAAUUUGGUCCCAUGUACAAACGUGAUCGGGCCAUAAAACAACAGGCUGUACGUCAACAACAACAUAUAUUAUCUCAAUGUUCACUGCAUUUACCAAACGGCAUUCCCAGUUUACCACCCUCACCAGAAGAUUCUCAUCAUUCACCUCAAGAAUCAACACGUCAUGUUACGUCCAGUCCAGUCCAUUCUUACAGCCUCAGUUCUUCAUCAACUAUACCUGCAAUUACCUCACACACCUCCAAUGCCAACCACACAGAGGGUGGUGGCUCGUUUACAGUUACUGGUCCGUUAUCAGCAUAUCCUCAUCCAAUGAGGUCACAUGAUCCAUAUAUUAUAUCACAUGCCUUCCCUUCAACGAUCGAAGCUUUACGAGCCUAUCCUCCUACUGCCCUUUCCUCACAUCAGCCUUUUACACCAGUUGUGCCGCCCCUGGUGGCUGAUCUCAAAUCAGGCUUAUCAGAAGAAUCGGAGGUGAAAAACAAAUUAUUGAACUUUAUGCAGUCAGAAUUUGGACAAUUUAAUAUAAACAAUCCUGAUAAAUUUUUACAUAUUUUGUGUAAAUUGGUUGAUCAGUUGUUGUUUUUGAUGGUAGAAUGGGCUAGGAGUUCUAUAUUUUUUAAGGAUAUGCGGGUUGAAGAUCAGAUGAAGCUUCUUCAGAAUUCGUGGAGUGAAAUACUAUUUUUAGAUUUUGUGUAUAGACAAGUUCAUGAUUGUUGGGGUAGUGAAAUAGUUCUGGAAAAUGGCCAAAAGAUAAAUUUAGAUAUCUUAGAUAAAUUGGGACUUGGUGAUUUGAAAACACGUCUACUAGAAUUAAUUAAGAAAACCAAGGAAGUGAAUCUGGAUAUCCACGAAUAUGCGUGCCUUAAAUUUAUUAUUUUGCUCAACCCAGAUGUCUCAGGACUAGAAAACCGACAGUAUGUUGAAGAAAGUCAGGAAAGAGUCAAUGCUUCAUUGUUGGAGUAUUGUCUCAGCUUUUACCCAGAUGUCAAAGAUAAGUUUGGACAAAUUCUGCUGCGUCUGCCAGAAAUCCGAUUAAUUAGUAUAAGAGCAGAAGAGUACAUGUAUUAUAAACAUAUGAUGGGUGAUGUCCCUGAUCAAACUCUACUAAUGGAGAUGUUACACUCUAAAAAGAAAUAACCUUAGUUUAAAUUGGUUUUAUAGACGCUAAUAGUGAUGAACUGUAAGACAUUGUUAUUACCAAAUACAAAAGUAGUGCUGGUAGAGAUUGUGUUAGCUUUUUCUUAAGAUUUAAAGACGUGAAAAAAUAAAUUGAAUUCAAAUUCAUUUAAAAGGAAAUAGUAACCUAGUAGCAGUUAAAAUAUUGCUGAUAUAAAUGUUAACUUAUAGCACAAUGAUAUUGCUAUAAUUUCUGAUAAAUCUUAAAUUUGAAUUCUAAUUGAUAUAUGAGAUAAAAUGGCACAAUGAUAUUGCUAUAACCUUACUACUAAUAUAGAAUGAAUUUGAAUUGGGAAUAAAUGUUGAAUAGCACAUUGCUACGACUACAUUAAGUUAAUUGUAAUUAGUAUAAGUGUAAUCUAUAAUUUCUAGAUAAAUAAGAAUUUGGGUAAAAUUUGUAAAUGUGUAAAUAGUAAUUGUAUAUAAUUAAGUAUAAAUGGCCUGUAAUGUAAGUAAUAUAUAUGUAAUAUGUAUCUAUAUUGGAUGAAGUAUAUCAUUGAUGUUACAUGAGAAAAUAUCAAAUUAUCUUAAUGUUAUUUUUUUUUUUACUAAUAUUAGUUAUGGUUAAUCAAAUUGUUUAUUCAAUUGAAUCAUAUUUUACUAUCAUAUAUGGUAUUUCAGUCUUAUAAGGAAUCAUCCAUUUGGAAAUCAUUAGCAAGAGUUAUAGAUAUUUGUGCACUUCUGGGACAUUUCACUACAAAAACAAGAACAGUUCAUUUGCAAUAGAUACAUUUAUAUAAACCAGAAUUAUAUUGUGUUCAUUACAAUUAAAAAUACUUAAAAAUGUUGCCUUGAUUUACGCAAAUAAAGUAUUCUCACAGAUACUCCGCAAAACCAAAUAUAAAGAGAUGAUUUACAAACAGUGACUCAUUUUAAAAGUAAAAUGUUCCAAAGAUACAGUUACUCAGUUUGUGACUCCUAUCUAUAAUGAAAGCUUACAAACUUUUAAAUAAGUAAAAAAAAAACAUAUUUCAUUUUCACCAUGCCAGAAUAAUAGAAUGUUAUAAAUAAUAGUGCAGAAAAAAUUUAUUUGUGAUUUUAAAAAAAAAAAAAGAAGUUCGGGCAUUUUGGGGCAUGUGUUUAGUUAGGUAUUUUUUCUCCUAAUAUCAUUGCUUUUAUAGAAAAUUAAAUUAACUUUAGUGUUU